CAAACAAGGAAACCGCCAUUUGAUCAAAGAGUUGGAUCAGGACUUUCCCAAGGCCACGCGUGCAGUAAGUAACCGGAGCAGAUCUUCAAGCACGUGAUUGAGUUUUCAAAAGGAUCUCAGCCCAGUCAAGCAACCUAGACAGGUGCCCAGCCUCCAUGCCACCUCUCCUGCUGGUCGCCCUCUUUCUUCUCUCCUCCUGCUCCUCAGCAGGAGGAAGCAGCCCCCUCAGUGAAGGCCUGUGGUUGCUGAAGACCGAGUUUGCCCUUCACCUCUAUCGGAGUGCAGCAGCAGAGAGGAACAGGACAAACUUUGUCAUCUCCCCCGCCAGUGUGUCCCUCUCCCUGGAGAUCCUGCAGUUUGGAGCCCGGGGAAACACUGGCUGGCAGCUGGCAAGUGCUCUGGGGUAUACCGUGCAAGACCCGAGAGUGAGAGCAUUCCUGCACGCUGUUUAUACCACACUGCACAACUCCAGUCAAGGCACCGGGAUGGAGCUGGCCUGCACCCUUUUCAUGCAAACCGGAACAUCUCUAUCUCCCUGCUUUGUGGAGCAGGUCUCCUGGUGGGCCAACAGCAGUCUGGAGCCAGCCAACUUUAGUGAGCCCAACAGCACCACCCCGGAGGUCUCUAAGGGCACACCCAGACAGAGCCCAGGUGAGGGCCCAGGUAGCCCAGUGUGGGGACGGGCUGGUGCCCUGUCUACUCAGCUCUCCAUCGUGAGCACCAUGACCUUCCAAAGUACUUGGCAGAGGAGAUUCUCUUCCCUGGCCUCGCAGCCCCUGCCUUUCACCUGCGCCCAUGGCCUCAUCCUUCAAGUCCCAGCGAUGCACCAAGUGGCAGAGGUCAGCUAUGGUCAGUUCCAGGAUGCUGCAGGCCAUGAAGUACAUGUUCUAGAGCUGUUAUACCUGGGAAGGGUGGCCAGUUUGUUCCUGGUGCUCCCGAAAGACAAGGACACCCCUCUGAACCUCAUUGAACCGCACCUCACAGCCAGAGUCAUCCAUCUCUGGGCCACCAGGCUGAAGAGAACCAGGAUGGAUGUGUUCCUCCCCAGGUUUCGGAUCCAAAAUCAGUUUGACUUAAAAAGCAUUUUAAGAACAUGGGGUAUCACUGAUCUUUUUGACCCACUCAAAGCUAACUUAAAAGGAAUUUCAGGACAAGAUGACUUUUAUGUUUCUGAAGCAACCCACAAGGCCAAGAUGGAGCUUUCAGAGGAGGGCACCAAGUCAUCGGCAGCCACAGCCGUGCUGCUUCUGAGGAGGUCCCGGACUCCUGCUUUUAAAGCAGAUCGGCCCUUCAUCUUUCUUCUAAGAGAACAUAGCACAGGGUUUGUCUUCAGUAUUGGGAGAGUUUCAAAUCCCCUUGACUAAAAUAGCACAUCUCAAGAAUGUUCUAUGUAUGCUUUCCUUCAUAAAUAUUUACAAUUUAUUUUAAGGGUAUGUGAUUUCCAAAUAUUAUUAA